AUGAAUAAAAAGACCCAGUAUCAAGAAGAUAUCAUAAAAUCAGUUCUUGGUCUGCUCCAUUCCAAUCAGUACUUUAAAGCUCUUACUUCGCUUGAACAAGAAUCCAAAAUCAGGCUGCACUCUUACGGGAAAGAAAUUGAUUUUCUUUAUGAUCUUCUAAUGGACGGACGAUUUGAUGAUGCAGAAAAGUUUAUCCAGCCUCUGCGUUCUCGAUCCGAAUUUAACUAUACAAAAGUUUUAUACGAAAUUCGUAAACAAAAAUUUCUUGAAUCAAUCGAAAAUUCAGAUUCACCAAAUCUUCAAGAACUUGUGAAUGCUUUAAAAGAAAUUGAGUCUUUGGCAAGUAAAGAAGAAUUCAACACACUUUGUUUAUGCCUCAGCCUCGAUAAAAUCACUGAUCAUGCUGAUUACUCUGACUGAACGAUAUGGAAAGGCCGUUAUUAUUGCUUUAAUGAAUGCAUAAAAUAUAUGAAUCAUGUAUAUCCCAUAACAAACUAUCAGAAACCCAAAAUAAAUUUAGAAGAAGUCGUCCUGAAAUCUCUCGACUCUGAGUUUUCUCCUAAAAAUGAAAAAGUUGAAGGCACAAGCCCUAGAGUUUUGAAAACAAGCACUCAAGGCUCCAGAGAAAGCUCGCGGUACUCUUAUAACAUGAACCCAGAAAAUAAAAAAAUUGAACCAAAUGAAGGGAGUUUUGUGAUUAAUGAAAGCGAAACAGACAAAGAAAGCAAAAAAAGUGUCAGCUGGAACAUUGGCAGCAAAGAAGAGCAAGAAAUAGGAAAAGACCCAGAGAAUCCAAAAAGCGUGUUUAUUGAGUCACUUGAUAUUUCAAGUGAAGAGCCACAGCAAGAAGAAAAGGAGGAAGAAGAGGACGAAAGCCAUGGCUUUGCUCCGACAAACUAUGAGCUGAUGGCUCAAUUCGAUCCAAGCACUUUAAGAGAAGUCACCAAAGUCAAAGAUAUACAGCCGAUCCGUGCCUGUGCGUUUAACCAUGAUGGGGAUUAUUUUGUAUUAGGAACGAACUCGAAAACUCUCAAAGUCUGCUCAUUGCAUAAUAUUGUUGAUGGACUAAUUUACAAUGAGCAGCAAGGUAGGGAGCAGUUUAUUGAUAUUGUAUUUGAAAUGAAUAAUGUUCAUUAUGGCUCAGUCUACUGUGUAGAUUGGUCAAAUUCAGGGCAACAAAUAGCUUCAGGGUCCAAUGAUAAGUCUAUAAAAGUCAUUUAUGCGCCUGAUUUUUUGACUCUUCAAGAAACAAACUCAGAAACUGUGAUUUAUUCAAAUGGGAGAUAUCUUACUGGAGAAGGAGAUUUGCCAGAAUUGCAAGAAAGGCUGCUAACAGGCCAUGAAGGAACUGUAAGAACUGUACUAUUUCAUCCUGUUGACGAAAGAGUAUUAAUGAGUGGAGGCAUUGCAGAUGCUUCUUUAAAAUUAUGAAAUACAGAAACUGGGCAAAAUUACCAAAGCUUAGCUGGCCACUUAGGUGCAAUUUACAGCAUAGCAGCAGCUGGAGAUGGCAGUUACGUUUGCAGUGUAGGGACCGACAAGAAAGUCAGAGUUUGGGAUAUAAGAAGCGCCAAAUGUGGAAUCAGCAUGAAUGGGGAAAUGUUUUCAGAAAUGAACUCUAUCACUGUCAAUAAUUCUAUCCAAAAUAUCAGAGCUGAAACCAAAAUAAAAAUCGCCAAAAUGUACAUGAAUAAUAGAGGCAUGAAUAAGCCUCAACCAAACAGUCAGAAAUUAGCUGCAGUCGGCCAUACAGACGGGACUGUCUCUAUUUGGGACAUCACAGCUGGCAAACUGUUCAGUAAAUAUACAUACCACUCAUCAGAGUGCCGAUCUGUUGAUUUCUCAUCAAAUGGGCAAUGGAUCGCAUCAGGAUCUUUCGACUCAACGCUAGGUCUUAUUGACAUGUCAAAAGGCCAAGUUUUCAAGCUCGAGCCUCAUAUGGACCGCAUUGUGAGUGCUAAGUGGCAUCCGUCCCUCCCUAUUUUGCUGUCAACAUCUGCAGAUAAAACUGCACGCAUUUUUUCUAUAUGCUAA